AGCCAGGCCCAGUCCCCAAGCCGGGGACAUUGGGGACAGACAGGGAGGCCGUGAGGUGGGGGAGCAGGGGAGAUCGUGGUUGCCAGGGAAGCCAUGGAGCCAGCCUCACCCCAAGAUGAGGGUCUGAAGAAGAAACAGUCCAAGAAACCAGUGCCCGAGCUCCUGCCAAGGCCCCCCCGCGCCCUGUUCUGCCUGACCCUCCAGAACCCCUUGAGGAAGGCCUGCAUCAGCAUCGUGGAAUGGAAACCCUUCGAGACCAUCAUCUUGCUCACCAUUUUUGCCAACUGCGUGGCCCUGGCCGUGUACCUGCCGAUGCCUGAAGAUGACAACAACGCUCUGAACCUCGGCCUGGAAAAGCUGGAGUACUUCUUCCUCAUCGUCUACUCCAUUGAAGCCGCCAUGAAGAUCAUUGCUUAUGGCUUCCUAUUUCACCCGGAUGCCUAUCUGCGAAGCGGCUGGAAUGUACUGGACUUUACCAUCGUCUUCCUGGGGGUCUUCACGGUGAUUUUGGAACAGGUUAACGUCAUCCAGACCCACACGGCCCCCCUGAGCAACAAAGGAGCCGGCUUGGAUGUCAAGGCCUUGAGAGCCUUCCGAGUGCUCAGGCCCCUGCGGCUGGUGUCAGGGGUGCCCAGCCUGCAGGUGGUCCUCAACUCCAUCUUCCAGGCCAUGCUCCCCUUGUUCCACAUCGCCCUGCUUGUUCUCUUCAUGGUCAUCAUCUACGCCAUCAUCGGGCUGGAGCUCUUCAAAGGCAAGAUGCACAAGACCUGCUACUUCAUCGGGACAGACAUCGUGGCCACCGUGGAGAAUGAGAAGCCAUCCCCCUGUGCCCGGACAGGCUCGGGGCGGCCCUGUACCAUCAACGGCAGCGAGUGCCGGGGUGGCUGGCCAGGACCCAACCACGGCAUCACCCACUUUGACAACUUCGGCUUCUCCAUGCUCACCGUGUACCAGUGCAUCACCAUGGAAGGGUGGACCGAUGUCCUCUACUGGGUCAACGAUGCCAUUGGGAACGAGUGGCCCUGGCUCUACUUUGUCACCCUCAUUCUGCUGGGAUCCUUCUUCAUCCUCAACCUGGUGCUGGGCGUUCUGAGUGGGGAAUUCACCAAAGAGCGGGAGAAGGCCAAGUCCAGGGGCACCUUCCAGAAGCUCCGGGAGAAGCAGCAGCUGGAGGAGGACCUCCGGGGCUACAUGAGCUGGAUCACCCAGGGCGAGGUCAUGGAUGUGGAGGACUUGAGAGAAGGAAAGCUGCCUUUGGAUGAAGGUGGCUCUGACACAGAGAGCCUGUACGAAAUCGAGGGCUUGAACAAAAUCAUCCAGUUCAUCCGGCACUGGAGGCAGUGGAACCGCGUCUUCCGCUGGAAGUGCCACGACCUGGUGAAAUCCAAGGUCUUCUACUGGCUAGUCAUCCUAGUGGUUGCCCUCAACACCUUGUCAAUUGCCUCGGAGCACCACAACCAGCCGCUCUGGCUGACUCACUUGCAAGAUGUUGCCAACCGCGUGCUGCUGGCCUUGUUCACCAUCGAGAUGCUGCUGAAGAUGUACGGGCUGGGCCUGCGCCAGUACUUCAUGUCCAUCUUCAACCGCUUCGACUGCUUUGUGGUUUGCAGUGGCAUCCUGGAGAUCCUGCUGGUGGAGUCCGGUGCCAUGACACCCCUGGGCAUCUCCGUGCUCCGCUGCAUCCGCCUCCUCAGGAUCUUCAAGAUCACCAAGUACUGGACGUCGCUGAGCAACCUGGUGGCAUCCCUGCUCAACUCCAUCCGCUCCAUCGCCUCUCUGCUGUUGCUGCUCUUCCUCUUCAUCAUCAUCUUUGCCCUGCUGGGCAUGCACCUGUUUGGGGGCAGGUACGACUUCGAGGACAUGCAGGUGCGACGCAGCAACUUCGACAACUUCCCCCAGGCCCUCAUCAGUGUCUUCCAGGUCCUGACUGGGGAAGGCUGGGCCUCUGUGAUGUACAACGGUAUCAUGGCCUAUGGAGGGCCGUCCUAUCCUGGCAUGCUGGUGUGCAUUUACUUCAUCAUUCUUUUCGUCUGUGGCAACUAUAUCCUGCUCAACGUCUUCCUGGCCAUUGCUGUGGACAACCUGGCAGAGGCGGAGAGCCUAACUUCUGCCCAGAAGGCCAAGGCUGAGGAGAGGAAACGCAGGAAGAUGUCCAAGGGUCUCCCAGACAAGACAGAAGAGGAGAAGGCCUCGACAGCCAAGAAGCUGGAGCAGAAGCCCAAGGGGGAAGGAAUCCCAACCACCGCCAAGCUGAAAAUCGAUGAGUUUGAAUCUAACGUCAAUGAGAUCAAGGACCCUUACCCCUCGGCUGACUUCCCAGGAGAUGAUGAGGAAGACGAGCCUGAGAUCCCGGUGAGCCCCCGGCCUCGCCCCCUGGCUGAGCUGCAGCUCAAAGAGAAGGCGGUGCCCAUUCCAGAAGCCAGCUCCUUCUUCAUCUUCAGCCCCACCAAUAAGAUCCGCGUCCUGUGUCACCGCAUUGUCAACGCCACGUGGUUCACCAACUUCAUCCUGCUCUUCAUCCUGCUCAGCAGCGCUGCCCUGGCUGCAGAGGACCCCAUCCGGGCGGAGUCUGUGAGGAAUCAGAUCCUUGGGUAUUUUGACAUUGCGUUCACCUCUGUGUUCACCGUGGAGAUUGUCCUCAAGAUGACCACCUACGGGGCCUUCCUGCACAAAGGGUCCUUCUGCCGCAACUACUUCAACAUCUUGGACCUGCUGGUGGUGGCUGUGUCGCUCAUCUCCAUGGGACUUGAGUCUAGUGCCAUCUCCGUGGUGAAGAUCCUCAGAGUGCUGAGGGUUCUCCGACCGCUCCGAGCCAUCAACAGAGCCAAAGGGCUGAAGCAUGUGGUACAGUGUGUGUUUGUGGCCAUCAACACCAUCGGGAACAUCGUCCUGGUCACCACCUUCCUGCAGUUCAUGUUCGCCUGCAUCGGCGUCCAGCUCUUCAAGGGGAAGUUCUUCAGCUGCAACGACUUAUCCAAGAUGACAGAAGAGGAAUGCAAGGGCUACUACUACGUGUACAAGGACGGGGACCCCACGCAGAUCGAGCUGCGUGCACGCCAGUGGACGCACAACCACUUCCACUUCGACAACGUGCUGUCGGCCAUGAUGUCACUCUUCACAGUCUCCACCUUCGAGGGAUGGCCUCAGCUACUGUACAAGGCCAUAGACGCAAGCGAGGAGGACAUGGGCCCUAUCUACAACAACCACGUGGAGAUGGCCAUCUUCUUCAUCAUCUACAUCAUCCUCAUCGCCUUCUUCAUGAUGAACAUCUUCGUGGGCUUCGUCAUCGUCACCUUCCAGGAGCAGGGGGAAACCGAGUACAAGAACUGCGAGCUGGACAAGAACCAGCGUCAGUGUGUGCAGUACGCCCUGAAGGCCCGCCCACUGAGGUGCUACAUCCCCAAAAACCCCUAUCAGUACAAGGUGUGGUAUGUCGUUACCUCCUCCUACUUCGAAUACCUGAUGUUUGCCCUCAUCAUGCUCAACACCAUCUGCCUGGGCAUGCAGCACUACAACCAAUCAGAGGAGAUGAAUCACAUCUCAGACAUCCUCAACGUGGCCUUCACCAUCAUCUUCACUCUGGAGAUGGUUCUCAAGCUCAUGGCAUUCAAGGCCAGGGGCUACUUUGGAGACCCCUGGAAUGUGUUUGACUUCCUGAUCGUCAUCGGCAGCAUCAUUGACGUCAUCCUCAGCGAGAUUGACACUUUCCUGGCCUCCAGCGGGGGACUGUAUUGCCUGGGUGGAGGCUGCGGGAACGUUGACCCGGAUGAGAGCGCCCGUAUCUCCAGCGCCUUCUUCCGCCUGUUCCGUGUCAUGAGGCUGAUCAAGCUGCUGAGCCGGGCAGAGGGAGUGCACAACCUGGUGUGGACAUUCAUCAAGUCCUUCCAGGCUCUGCCAUACGUGGCCCUGCUCAUCGUCAUGCUCUUCUUCAUCUACGCAGUCAUUGGCAUGCAGAUGUUUGGAAAGAUCGCCAUGGUGGAUGGGACCCAAAUAAACCGGAACAACAACUUCCAGACCUUUCCACAGGCCGUGCUGCUGCUCUUCAGGUGUGCCACAGGUGAGGCGUGGCAGGAGAUCCUGCUGGCCUGCAGCUACGGGAAGCUGUGUGACCCAGAGUCAGACUACGCCCCCGGGGAAGAGUACACGUGCGGCACCAACUUCGCCUACUAUUACUUCAUCAGCUUCUACAUGCUCUGCGCCUUCCUGAUCAUCAACCUCUUUGUGGCUGUCAUCAUGGACAACUUUGACUAUCUCACACGCGACUGGUCCAUCCUGGGUCCGCAUCAUCUGGAUGAGUUCAAGGCCAUCUGGGCUGAGUACGACCCAGAGGCUAAGGGUAGGAUAAAGCACCUGGACGUCGUGACGCUGCUGAGGAGGAUCCAGCCCCCUCUAGGCUUUGGGAAGUUCUGCCCACACCGCGUAGCGUGCAAGCGCCUGGUGGGUAUGAACAUGCCCAUGAACAGCGAUGGCACGGUCACCUUCAACGCCACGCUCUUCGCCCUGGUGCGCACGGCCCUCAAGAUCAAGACGGAAGGUAACUUUGAGCAGGCCAAUGAGGAGCUGAGAGCCAUCAUCAAGAAGAUCUGGAAGAGGACCAGCAUGAAGCUCCUGGACCAGGUCAUCCCUCCCAUCGGAGAUGACGAGGUCACCGUGGGGAAGUUCUAUGCUACCUUCCUCAUCCAGGAACACUUUCGGAAGUUCAUGAAGCGCCAGGAGGAAUAUUAUGGCUAUCGGCCCAAGAAGGACACUGUACAAAUUCAGGCUGGACUGCGGACCAUAGAGGAAGAGGCAGCCCCCGAGAUCCACCGCACCAUCUCAGGAGACCUGACCGCGGAGGAGGAGCUGGAGAGGGCUGCCGUGGAAGCCGCUAUGGAGGAGGGAAUAUUCCGGAGGACUGGAGGUCUCUUUGGCCAAGUGGACAACUUCAUGGAAAGGACCAACUCCCUGCCUCCGGUCAUGGCCAACCAAAGACCCCUUCAGUUUGCGGAGAUAGAGAUGGAGGAGCUAGAGUCACCUGUCUUCUUGGAAGACUUCCCUCAUGAUCCAAGAACCCACCCUCUUGCUGGUGCCAAUACCAACAAUGCCAAUGCCAAUGUUGCCUAUGGCAACAGCAACCAUAGCAACAACCAGCUGUUUUCCAGUGUCCGCUGCGAAAGGGAGUUCCCUGGAGAGAUGGAGACGCCUGCAGCCAGAGGAGGAGCCUUCGGCCAACCCCGCAGGGCCCUGGGACCCCAGAGCACACCCCGAGUGGACACGCCGGAAGGACGGCUGAUCUCAAGGGGAAUGCCCAGAGGCCAGGCGCCUACGGCCUCGUGCCAGCACCCCAGGGCAGAGCCUUCCAAGCGUGAAGAGAGGAAGAGCCCCACUGCAGCAUCUCUGGAAACCCCGCCCGGCAGGAGCCCUGAGGACAGCACCCUUGGGCGCCCAGCUCCAGCAACAGCCCUGCUGAUCCAAGAGGCCCUGAUUCGAGGAGGCCUGGACUCCCUGGCAGCGGAUGCCACCUUCGUCAGGGCAACAGGCCAGGCCCUGGCAGACGCCUGCCAGAUGGAGCCAGAGGAAGUGGAGGUGGCAGCUACAGAGCUACUGAGAGGACGGGAGUCCCCGGAGGGCACGGCCAGGGCUGGAGGAGGCCCGAGCCUCCGGUCUUCUCUGGGUAGCCUCAAUCAACAGCAGGGCUCCCAAAAGGCCCUCAUUCCUCCUGGGCUGUGA